GAGGGGCAAAUCCAUUGAUUGAAUAAAGCCAAAGCUUUGGACAUCAACAAACUCACGAUAAUUCACCAUCUGAAGUUCGUGAUACUUUGGCUGGCACCGACGAGGAAAGAAAUAUUCAAUCCAUCAAUUAAUAGGAAAUGCCGAGCAAUACUCCAUUACCGUCAUCUUUCGAUGGCGAUACGUAUGUACCAUUUCCACAGCAAGCUUUUAUUGUUUAUUUAUUUAUUUACCCGUACAUAGCUAAUGAGAUGGAUGGAUGAAUGAAUAGUGAUUUCUACGAAGAAAAUCGCUUGCAGAAACUAACUCGUCGUCUGAAAGAAGAACCUCUCAUCCCACUAGGUAAUUCCAUCCACCCAUCUACUCACACAUUCCCAUUCCUCUCUCAACCUUGCUUCCUUCAUCAUCCAUACAUAAACUUACCCAUCCACCAGGCUGUAUCCUCACAACCCUCGCCCUCGUCGGCGCAACCCGCUCCAUCCGCGCUGGCGACCACAACCGAACCCAACGCAUGUUCCGCGCGCGUAUAUACGCACAGGGAUUUACAUUGUUAGCCAUGGUAGCCGGAUCUAUGUAUUGGGAUUCGGAUCGUAAAAAGCGCAAGGAGUUUGAGGGGGUGUUGGCGGAGCAGAAAGCGAAAGAGAAGAAUGAGGCUUGGAUUAGAGAGUUGGAGGCGAGAGAUGAGGAGGAUAAGGAAAUGAGGAGGAUGAGGGAUGAGAGGAGGAGGAGGGCGGAGGGGAAUUCGGCUACUCCGGCUAUGGUAGCUGAUGCUGCGAGUGCGGCUGGGGAGGAGGGUGAAAAGACGAAGAAUGGGAUCGUGGAUCAGAUGAAGGGUAUGGUGUGGGGUAAGAAGUGAGGAGAGUCAAGGUGCUUGGUUGCUAAAAUUGAGUGUAUAAGGAGGAGUAUAGCAUUAAGAUCUGGUGUUUGGUGUUAAUUGGUGGUUAUGGGAGAUUGUGUAAUAUUCAAGGGAAAGAAAGGGACAUGUACAAACUCCAUUCAUUCAUCAAUAUUUUGCUAUGGGCCUGGCUAUGGGACAAUCAUGCAGCAAAGGU